UGGGGUUGCAUGUCCGUGUGUUUCCGGUAUAGAGAGUGUGUGAGUUGCACUCGGUCUUUUUUCCCUUCUUGGUCUCUAGAUCUCGGUUGAGCAGUUAGUCAGGCUCACAACUUUUUUCCACUUGAAUCCCAGAACGGUGCAUUUUAUACAAGCGACAUGGCUUCUUCAGCAGCAGGACAGGCUCAGACCAACCCUUCUCAGACACCGUCGCUCCAGAGGGGAAUCGUUAAAAUGGUUUUAUCUGGCUGUGCCAUCAUUGUCAGAGGCCAGCCGCGAGGUGGACCCCCGCCAGAAAGACAGAUCAACCUGAGCAAUGUACGUGCAGGAGCCCUUGCCCGAAGAGCAGCCCAGAGUCAACCUGAUGCUAAAGACACUCCUGAUGAGCCUUGGGCCUUUCAAGCCCGUGAGUACCUCCGGAAGAAGAUGAUCGGAAAGGAAAUAUGCUUUACUGUGGAAAACAAGACUCCCCAAGGAAGAGAGUAUGGAAUGGUUUACCUUGGCAAAGAUACAACUGGAGAAAACAUUGCAGAGUCUCUUGUAGCAGAAGGACUUGCAGCAGUCCGUAGGGAAGGAAUCAGAGGAAACAAUCCGGAUCAGGUAAGACUUUGUGAUCUUGAGGACCAGUCAAAAUCUGCCAAGAAGGGAAUGUGGGGUGAUGGAGCAGGCAUUCACACUAUCCGUGAUCUGAAGUACACCAUAGAAAAUCCCAGACACUUUAUUGAUUCGCUGCAUCAAAAGCCUGUUAAUGCUGUCAUUGAGCAUGUGCGUGAUGGUGCGGUGGUUAGAGCUUUACUCCUUCCUGACUGUUACCUGGUAACAGUCAUGCUGUCUGGUAUUAAGUGUCCAACAUUUAAGCGGGAACCAGAUGGCCAGGAAAUUCCGGAGCCUUUUGCAGCAGAAGCAAAAUUCUUCACGGAGUCCCGCUUGUUGCAGAGAGAUGUGCAGAUUAUUCUAGAGAGUUGUCCAAACCAAGUCAUCCUUGGUACCAUCCUUCAUCCGAAUGGCAACAUUACGGAGCUGCUCUUGAAAGAGGGAUUUGCUCGGUGUGUUGACUGGUCCAUAGCAGUGUAUAGUCAGGGAGCUGACAAGUUGCGAGCUGCGGAAAGAUCUGCUAAAGAACGUAAAGUGAGAAUCUGGAAGGAUUACGUGGCUCCCACUGCUAACCUUGAUCAGAAAGAUAAACAAUUUGUUGCAAAGGUAAUGCAGAUAGUGAAUGCAGAUGCAAUUGUAGUGAAACUCAAUUCUGGGGAAAACAAGACCAUCCAUCUAUCAAGUAUCAGACCUCCCAGAAUAGAGGGAGAGGCAAACCAGGAAAAGAACAAGGACAAAGACAAGAGAUUCCGUCCUCUGUAUGACAUCCCAUACAUGUUUGAGGCCAGAGAGUUCUUGAGAAAGAAGCUGACUGGUAAAAAGGUCAAUGUCACAGUGGAUUACAUCAGAGCAGCAACCACUGUCACUGAUGCAGGUACCACCCCUUCAUUUCCAGAGCGCACCUGUUCGACAGUCACCAUUGGUGGAAUUAACAUCGCAGAAGCACUCGUCAGUAAAGGGCUGGCCACAGUGAUACGGUACAGGCAAGAUGACGAUCAGAGGUCAUCCCACUAUGAUGAACUGCUUGCUGCUGAAGCCAGAGCUAUAAAGAAUGGAAAAGGUCUGCACAGUAAGAAAGAGGUACCCAUUCACCGUGUUGCCGAUAUAUCUGGGGACACUCAGAAAGCCAAACAGUUCCUUCCAUUCUUGCAGCGUGCUGGACGGUCAGAAGCAGUGGUUGAAUAUGUGUUCAGUGGCUCCCGUCUAAAACUUUACAUGCCAAAGGAGACCUGUUUGAUCACUUUUUUGUUAGCUGGUAUUGAAUGUCCUCGUGGGUCUAGGAACACUGCAGGUGGAAUUCAGGACGCCGAGCCAUUCAGUAAUGAGGCUUGUCUUUUCACUAAGGAACUGGUGCUUCAGCGUGAGGUUGAAGUGGAGGUGGAAAGCAUGGACAAGGCUGGCAACUUCAUUGGCUGGCUUCACAUUGAUGGGCUGAAUCUGUCUGUGGCCCUGGUGGAGCAUGCCCUUUCCAAAGUGCACUUUACUGCUGAGAGGAGCUCCUACUACAAAACCCUGCUGUCUGCCGAAGAGGCUGCCAGGCUGAAGAAAGAAAAGAUCUGGUCCAAUUAUGAGGAACAGCCCACUGAGGAGGUAGUCCAUGUGACGGAGGAGAAGGAGCGAAUUGCCAGCUACAAGCCUGUGUUUGUGACAGAAAUUACAGAUGAGCUCCACUUCUACGUGCAGGAUGUUGAGACAGGCACCCAGCUGGAGAAACUGAUGGAAACCAUGAGAAGUGAGAUUGCUGCUCAUCCCCCUGUUGAGGGUUCCUACUUGCCACGCCGUGGGGACUAUUGCAUCUCUAAAUUUGCGGAUGGGGAAUGGUACAGAGCACGAGUAGAGAAGAUAGAAUCACCUGCUAAAGUUCAUGUCUUUUACAUCGACUAUGGCAACAGAGAGAACGUACCUUCCACCCGCCUUGGAGCACUCCCUCCAGCCUUCAACAUACGAACCCUUUCUGCACAAGCUACUGAGUAUGGGUUUGCCUACAUCCAGGUCCCACAAGAUGAGGAUGCCCGUGCAGAUGUAGUUGACAGCAUUGUGAGAGAUAUCCAAAACACUCAGUGUCUGCUGAAUGUAGAGUAUAUGGGGGGAAGCUGCCCGCAUGUCACAUUGCAGUUCACUGACUCCAAGGACGAUGUUGGACUCGGACUUGUCAAGCAGGGAAUGGUCAUGGUAGAUGUGCGGAAGGAGAAACAUCUUCAAAAAGUGGUCAAAGAGUACCUGAUUGCACAGGAAUCUGCAAAGGCUGCCAGGCUGAACCUGUGGCGCUAUGGAGACUUCCGUGCCGAUGAUGCUGAUGAAUUUGGCUACAGACGCUGAACACGCCAUUCCAAAGAGAACAUCCUGAAGACAUCCUAAAACAAAAUUAUCUUUUUUUUUUUUUUUUUUUUUUUUACUAUUUUAUGUCCAGUGACUUAAUGGCCCCCUGCACUCACCUCCUCUACUUGGACAGCUCUAUAUUUGUGAUUGUGAGAUGAUGAUUAUUGUGAUUAUUAUGCGAUGAAGGAGGGGGAGAACUGGAAAUGUAUCAGCUUGCUUUCCUGUGAGAAUGCUUCCUAUGAAAGAAAUUAACUAUAUCGUUAAACACAAACAAGCAGGAAUUUAGUCUGUUUUUAAUGGAUUACAUGAACUUUAACUGAAAUAAUUAAGGAUACAGUGUGUAAGGGGGUUUCUUUUCUAUGUGGUAGGAAGCUGCAGAAGCCUUAAAAUACAUUUUAAUUUUUUUUUUCUCGCUUGUGUCUUACAGUUAACAGUAAAUCCUGUAUGCUGUAGCAAACAGUAUUUGGUUUUGUUUUCCAAGAUCGUAACGUUGUCAUGUAUUUAAGUCUUUCACAGCUCAAUAAAAUGUAGCAAAAGCUGAAA